AUGGCCCGGUUCGUGGUUGCUCCCCAUGGCUGGGGUGAGCCCUGGAUGGGAGUGUUGCUCUUAGCCUUCUUCCUGAGCCUCUGCAAGAAGCAGGUGUCUGCUCAACUGACGAUCACAUCCAUCCCUCCCUGGGCCAUCGAGGGGGGCAACGUCACCCUGUCUGUCCAGGCGAUCCCUCAGAAUUUCAUCUCCUACAAUUGGCUCCGAGGAGCAACCACCAAUCAGGUUACCUGGAUCCUCAAUUUUAACUUUUUCAGCGGUGGCUACACCCCAGGACCAGCCCACACUGACAGGGAAACAGGCAGUGCUGAUGGUUCCCUGCACAUUAUUGAUGUGUGUGCAUCUGACAAUGGCAUCUACACCCUGCGUCUCAUCUCUUCUGGUGAAAACAGUUGCCAUCAUGCUAUGCUACUUGUCUCUGAGAAGCUGCACCAGCCCCCUGUGGAAGCCCAGAACUUGGCCCCUGUGGAGCACACAGACUCCUUGAAUUUGACAUGCAUUUCUCCAAACAAUGACGGGACAUUCCAGUGGUUUCUGAACCUUGAGGUGAUUCAGGAAGGGGAUGGACCAGUAAUCUCCAGAGAUGACAGGGUCCUCACCAUCCCCACAGUCACAUGCAAUGACUCUGGCACCUACCACUGUGAGGCCAGGAACCACCUGGGAUCCAGGCUCAGUGAAGCCCUCGUGGUUGGCGUGGCUUAUGGCCCAGAUACCCCCAUCGUGACCGCACUGGACCCAGAUUUUGUGAUUGGUUCCAACCUCACUCUGAUCUGCUUAGCUUACUCCCAGCCCCUUGCCCAGUACACAUGGAGCUUCAAUGGGGUCGCCACGUGGGAGGGCCAGACUCUCUUCAUGCCCAGUCUCUCCAGGGCACACUCAGGGGUCUACACCUGCAAGGCCUCCAACUCCAUUUCCGGCUUGCACAGCAGUAUGGACACCAUCAUCACUGUCUCAGAGACACUUCCUCAGCCCAAUGUCACAGCCAGUAACUUAGCCCCAGUGGAGCAUGUAGAUUCCAUUAGUCUGCAUUGCCUUCCUCCAAGGAGCACUGUGGCCAUCCACCGGUAUGUCAAUGGCCAGAAGCUCUUCAUUGGUGGCCACAGGGAGCUGUCCCUGGACUGCAGAACACUGACUCUGUGGAACAUCACCAGGAAUGACACGGGGGUCUACCAGUGUGAGAGCUGGAACUCCGCCACCAGCAGCAUCAGCAACCCUACUCUCAUCAAAGUUAUAUAUGGCCCAGACCCUCCUAUGGUCAACCCUCCAGACCCAGAGGUCACAUCUGGGGUAGCCCUCACCCUGUCCUGCUUUGCUGACUCAAACCCCCCUGCCCAGUACCACUGGGAGAUGGACAGAAGGCCAGGCCCUGCCACCCAGCACCUGGUCAUUUCUGAGGUCACUGUGGACCAGUAG